AGUUCUUCGCUGGCAGUUCAGAUGGCGGCGGCGCGUGAGAGCGUGCUUUUGAUCUCGACCGACCCGGCACAUAACCUGUCUGACGCAUUUGGACAAAAGUUUGGCAAGAACCCGACGUUGGUGAACGGGUUUGACAACCUGUUCUGCAUGGAGAUUGACCCGACCAGCAGCAUCCAGGAGAUGAUUGAGAGCGCGGACAACAGCGCAAUGAACUCGAUUAUGCAGGAUCUGGCAUUUGCGAUUCCGGGUGUGGACGAGGCCAUGGGGUUCGCUGAGGUGAUGAAGCUGGUCAAGUCGAUGGAAUACUCGGUGAUUAUCUUUGACACGGCGCCCACGGGCCACACUCUGCGGUUCUUGUCAUUCCCGACGGUGCUGGAGAAGGCGCUAGCCAAGGUGUCGCAGCUGUCGGGACGGUUCGGUCCGAUGAUGCAGCAGAUGUCGGGCAUGAUGGGUGUGAGUGCGAAUCACGAGGAUAUCUUUGCCAAGCUGGAGAGCAUGCGCGCCGUGAUCAACGAGGUCAACCAGCAGUUCCAGGACCCCGACAAGACGACGUUUGUGUGUGUGUGCAUUUCCGAGUUCCUGUCGCUGUACGAGACCGAGCGGCUGGUGCAGGAGCUGACCAACGGCAACAUUGACACGCACAACAUUGUUGUCAACCAGCUGCUGUUCCCACCCAAGGAAUCCAACUGCGACCAGUGCCAGGUGCGGCACAAGAUGCAGCAAAAGUACCUGGAGCAGAUCUUUGACCUGUAUGAGGACUUCCAUAUCACCCUGCUGCCGCUGCUGACACACGAGGUACGGGGUGUUGACAAGCUCAAGACCUUCUCUAGGCUGCUGGUGGAGCCUUUCCAGCCUCCUAAAUAACCUAGAUUGGACCCGACGGUAUGGGCUAGUUUCUUUUACCACCAAAGAGUAUCACAAGUUCUAUAUAUCCUUACCACCAUGAGCUCCUUUUAGGGAAAGCGUGCCAAGGCUAUGAUGAUCUGGUCAGUACGGCGCAGUGCAGCUCGAGUGCCACUAGCUGGGAUACAUCAGAAAUGUAUCACCUACUAGCGUGCAGGCAGCCUGUGUAAGCAUAGAAUAGCCUGCUGAUACUCCCCACUUGCCUUGUGGGUGGCAUGUACAGUCUGUCACAUAUGGAAACAGCCGGCAUAUUGACUCUGCAGCAGACUCAGAAUCUCCUUUGCUAGCUGCCUGGUCCUGAGAGCCCGCCUGGAUCAAUCCAUCGCCA